CCAUUGUCCAUCCACCCAAACACAAAAAGGGUCUCUUUUUAGUUUAUCUCUCAGAUUAUAGAGAGACUGAGAAGGGAAGAGAAAGAAAGUAAGCAAAGUUGAACACAAUGGCAGCCUCACUACAAGCAGCUGCAACACUCAUGCAACCCACCAAGGUGGGCGUGGUGUCUUCCAGAAGCAGCCUACAGCUGAGGUCUUCUCAGACUGUGUCCAAGUCAUUUGGCGUGGAACCAGCUGCAGCUAGACUCACUUGUUCUCUUCAAGCUGAUAUUAAGGACUUCGCCCAGAAGUGUGUAGAUGCUUCCAAGAUUGCUGGUUUCGCUCUUGCUACCUCGGCCCUCGUUGUCUCGGGAGCUGGUGCUGAAGGAGUUCCAAAGAGGCUAACCUAUGAUGAAAUUCAGAGCAAGACAUACAUGGAAGUAAAGGGAACCGGAACAGCCAACCAGUGCCCAACCAUUGAUGGCGGGGUUGACUCAUUCGCCGUCAAGCCCGGCAAGUACAAUGCCAAGAAGAUCUGCCUAGAGCCAACUUCAUUCACUGUCAAAGCUGAUGUUGUGAACAAGAAUGCCCCACCUGAGUUCCAAAACACCAAGCUCAUGACCCGCUUAACCUACACCCUCGAUGAAAUUGAGGGACCCUUUGAAGUUUCUCCUGAUGGCACUGUCAAGUUCGAGGAGAAAGAUGGUAUCGACUACGCCGCAGUGACAGUUCAGCUGCCUGGUGGUGAGCGUGUGCCAUUCCUUUUCACCAUUAAGGAAUUGGUAGCAUCAGGCAAACCAAAUGGUUUUAGUGGUCAAUUUCUAGUACCAUCUUACCGUGGUUCAUCUUUCUUGGACCCAAAGGGAAGAGGUGGCUCAACCGGUUAUGACAAUGCAGUUGCAUUGCCUGCUGGAGGAAGAGGAGAUGAGGAGGAACUUGCCAAGGAGAAUGUAAAAAACACAGCAUCAUCAACAGGGAAAAUCACCUUGAGUGUCACCAAGAGCAAGCCUGAGACUGGUGAGUUGAUUGGAGUGUUUGAGAGCGUUCAGCCUUCUGACACUGAUUUGGGAGCAAAGGUUCCAAAGGAAGUGAAGAUCCAGGGGAUCUGGUAUGCUCAGCUUGAGUAAUAGGCCACUUUUUUUUUUUAACAUGUUUAGUAUUCCUUGUUAGUUUAAAUUUUUGCUGUAAGUCGAAGGUAUUGCUAAACUUCCCUGUGACGCAGUGGAGAAGCACUGAGAUCGAUUAUUAUCCAGUUUGUAUAUUAUUAUGGCUUAUGAUAAUGAUGUAUUGAAACUCCAAAAUUCCAUGUUGAAAUUAUGUUGGAACGCGGGAAAAAGGAUUAUUCAAAGACCUAAACCCUCUGCAAA